ACCAGAACUUUUACAUGGGCAAACUGUCCCGAUGGGUAUUUUCUCCAAGGACUUUACCGCUCAAGCGGUAUUGACCUUCACCAUAUUGAACAAGUUAGAUGUUGCAGACCUAAGACAUUCAAAAACAUAUCAACGGACUGCCAAGAUCACAGUGUAAGGAUUUCACUCGACAAACAAGGCUGGAGCGUAUGUCCAAACGGGUACUUUAUGGUGGGAAUAUACAAAGAAAGUUGUGCCAAAUUAAGCUGUAUUGAGGAGUUCAGAUGCUGCCGGAUGCCCCCACCAGGUACCCAAUCUUAUAACUAAUUUAUAGAAAAACUAAUAUCUGCGAAGCAAAUAGGUAUUUAUCAUUAUUAUUAACAAUUAUUUAAUGUGUAUGACCUGAGGAAUGAAUUUAUCAGAUCGAGAUCUGCAUAAUUCUUCAUACCACAAGAAAGCCGAAGAAAGCCGAAGUCAAUAAUUGUUUUAUUAUUCAUUCAAAAUAUUUCUAAGCCCUUGAUAAAUUUACCAGUUUCUUUCAGUUUGCCAGUUACAUGACGCGCAUAAACAGAUGUGUUUCCUUGCAGAUAAUCCUCAAAAAUAGAUGAUCCACCGAGCAAUAUUUUCUGUUAUUAUAUAAACACCAAUGAAAUACCAGGUGAGCUUUCGCGCGAAAACAUGAUAUCUUCACACGUGAAAAUAACAUGUUAUUUUUACAUGUCAAAAUAUCACUGUUGCUAUGGCUGCAUAAUAAAUCGCGCCUUUCGCAGGAUGAAACUGUUUCAGUGAAAUGGUUUGGUAUUUCAUUGGUGUUUAUAUAAUAAAUAGAACAUUACAUGGCCGCUUGGAGAAUAUAUAGAAGAUAUUACAUGGCCGCGCAGAGAUACGAAAUUUCUCUUCUCGUGUUGAAAAUAUUUCACUCGUUCGCUGUGCUCACUCGUGAAAUAUUUUUCAACAGUCGAAGAGAAAUUUCGUAUCUCUGCGCGGCCAUGUAAUAUCUUCUAUAUAUUCUUGCAUUUGUUCUGUUUAUUUUUAGUCAGUACUUCGGCUAUUUUGUCUUCGGAUAGCCAAUCACCAUUUUGUAACAGCUAUAUAUGAAUGUGAAAUACUAAAAUUUUCUUAUUUUGCAUGAUAUAAAAUAUGGAAAUUGUCAAAUAUUAAUAUUUGUAUAUUUUAUCAUAUCAAUUUUUUUUAAAUAUUCUGCAUCGUGUCAAAUAUGGCAAUUUCUUCAUUGUGUAUAAAAUAAAUCCAAAUUUCUAUAGUUAGCACGAUGUAAAAUAUGGAAAUUGUAAAAUAACUAAUUAUAAAUUUCUAUACUUUGCGGUAAUUUUUUCAUAAUGAAUGUCAAAUUGAAAAUUUCUGUCUUCUGAAUGACGUCAAAUAUGGAAAUUUCUUCAUUAUGAAUGUCAAAGUAAAGAUUAUGAUACAAAAUGUCUUUGUAGACAUGGUAGUCCUUGGUCAUUGGUUUCUGAAUGGGAAAGACAAGGAUGUAAGGUUAGUGAAAACGUUUGUCAUACUGCGGGGGAAAUCUAUUAAUUUUGCAAUGUAGGUGACAUAUAGACUCGAGCUCAGGACACAAAGUCAGAUAGGACGUGACCAAGCAAACAAAAACGCUUCUGAUGUGACUACGAGGAGCCGCAAGAGGUGAUAUUUUUGCACGGCAUCUGGCGGCACAUCAAAGAAUUUGGAAUUGAAGGGCAAAUUCCUAGAAUAUCUUCGCCAGUUAAGCUAGAGAAAAGGUGUUAAAAAACCUCAGGAUCCAAAACAACACGUCAAUCAAAAUAUCACUUGGACCUUUUCGCUAAUGAAGAGCUAUCGCGCGGCUAAGCUUGAAUUAGACAUAUAUUGAAAUAGGAACUCGUGUCAAUAAAGUAACUUAAGUGAGUGGGAAUCGCUCCUAGUUAAAAAACUGGUUCACAGGGAGAUGCAUCUCUUCUAGUUAAGAGAAGGGAAUCAGAACUGAUUUUCAUGCAGGAACAGGUUUUCUUCGGGCUAACUACAAAACUUCAGCUUAUUUCACUCCUUGACAUUGUCAAAGCGCAUUUUGUAAAGAUAACUUUUUCCGCUUUAUCAGCUUUUUUUAUAUUCUAUUCCAUUAAUGUUUAACCUCCCUCAAAAAGCCAAAUAAUAUAAAUGCUGUUGUUAAAAAAAGCGUUUUACCUGUUUUCGUGAAUUCGCUACGCAAAGAUCACUAUGCUCAAAGGACAGGGCAAAAUUUCCAGGAGAGAGGCAUUCAUUUCUUUUCCCACGAGGUUACAAAGAGAAAAUGCAAUGAUUAUUAUUAAUGUAACCAUCAGGUAUACUCUACCGACGAGGUUACGGACAGCAAAUGCAGUGAUUAUUUUUAAUGUAACCAUCAGGUAUGUUCUACCCACGAGGUUACAGAGAGCAAAUGCAGUGAUCAUUUUUAAAUGUAACCGUCAGGUAUAUUCUACCCACGAGGUUACAAAGGGAAAAUGCAAUGAUUAUUAUUAACGUAACCUUCAGGUAUGUUCUACCCACGAGGUUACAGAGAGCAAAUGCAGUGAUCAUUUUUAAAUGUAACCGUCAGGUAUAUUCUACCCACGAGGUUACAAAGGGAAAAUGCAAUGAUUAUUAUUAACGUAACCUUCAGGUAUGUUCUACCCACGAGGUUACAGAGAGCAAAUGCAGUGAUUAUUAUUAAAUGUAACCGUCAGGUAUGUUCUACCCACGAGGUUACGGAGAGCAAAUGCAGUGAUAUUACUAAUGUAACCAUCAGGUAUGUUCUACCCACGAGGUUACAAAGAGAAAGUGCAAUGAUUAUUAUUAACGUAACCUUCAGGUAUGUUCUACCCACGAGGUUACAGAGAGCAAAAGCAGUGAUUAUUAUUUUAAAUGUAACCAUCAGGUAUGUUCUACCCACGAGGUGACAAAGAGAAAAUGCAAUGAUUAUUAUUAACGUAACCUUCAGGUAUGUCCUACCCACGAGGUUACAGAGAGCAAAUGCAGUGAUUAUUAUUAAUCAUCAGGAAUUUCUACCCACGAGGUUACAGAGAGCAAAUGCAGUGAUUAUUAUUAAUGUAACCAUCAGGUAUGUUCUACCCACGAGGUUACAGAGAGCAUGCAAAUGCAGUAACAAUUAUUAGAUUUUAGUGCAACUAUCAGGCUGAGUUCCUCCAUUAAAAGAGUUUUUAGCUAGGGUUAAAAGUUUGGCUUUCAUGAGUUUCAAGAUGCAAGAAAUUAUCAGUAUAAUUAUAGCACACAAACAUUGUCAUCUAAUUUUUCGCACGUAGCCGGAAUAAGCCAAGAAAUGAAGCAUAUAUAACGAAAAAUCGUCCUCAGAUGAUCUCCAUAUUAAGUAAAUGAUACUAAACGUUGCGAAAGAAAUUAUUGUUUGUAUCCGUCCUAUCCAUCGUAAAAGCGAGGGGUCAUCGCAUGACAUCCGGUAUAUUAAACAGAGGUAAUACUCACGGGUUUCACGAGUUGUAUGCACUAUUUUUCGCCGAGAAACAAAUUUAAAUUGCAAUUCUUACCUUACAGUAGUCCGUUCUUUCACCUUGCAUUCGACAACAAAUCUGUUAAAGGCGAACAAAGCGAUUCCGGCACUCUUCUUUAUGAUGAGUAGCAAGCCGCAGGAACUGAAGCCGCUUGACUGAAGUAAAAUCCACCGAUACGCACGGCAUUCUCACUACAAAUAUAAACAAACGUCGCGGAGAAAAAAAGACGAGGAGGAAAAAAUGCCAGAUCUUCGCCUCGGCAAUGUUUUCCAUCUACCAUGCCGGCGUAUCGCCAGAAGGUGGACUCGACGUGGGACAAACCUUGUGAUCUUUUUUUAGAAGCCCUUUGCGCGCAAACUAAUUUAUUCUGGCGCGAAAUGAAGAAUAUGUAUACUGAAAUCUAAUCCGCGACAGGAAGAUUUUCGCACUGUAGCGCGACAUAUUAAAUGCCUGUUUUUACAAGUACGCGGAGAAAGUGGUCCACUAGUUUAACUUUUUUAAAAUGAAUUUACUCCACAAAAGCAAAAUGAAAUGUUUUAUCUCUAUGUUGUUUACGUGCCUGAUUAGAAGGCAGACAGACCCCAUCAAAAUGAAAGUACACGAAUGAAACGGAAUAAGUCUGGGACGGUUUAGUUUCUACUCAGCAGCUUCUUUGCUUUUAUAACAAAAAUUUAAUGUUGCAGUCUCUUUUAAACGUUGGCAUAUCAACGCGCACAGUCACUGAAUGGAAACAACAGUCACGAUCACGUUCUUCGAAACCGACCAGACGCCCGCGACCUACCACUGUUAUGGUAAGCAAUUAUCCUGAAGGUGUUAAUGUUCCCGUGACAGUCUUCGCACUGAAGGUGUAAAUGGUAAACCGAACGGUCGCUUUGAUCAUCAGAAAGACCUGUCAACUUUGAUGAUUUAACUGAUUAAAUUACGGGACAGAAAUUUUACUGCUUGCGGCUCCUCGUUAAAGGAAAUAAUUCACUUUUGAACUGCGGUUGUAGAUGAGAGUGAAGAAUGAUCAUCGCAGUAAAUUCUGGUGAAUAAGACAGUCCACUACCGAUAGUUUGAACAGAAAAAAAAAAAAGGAAAAAAGGUACAAUGCUAAAAAUUGAUUUUACUCUUGUGACUCAACCUUCUACCUGAGAAAACAUAGGUUAUUUACGUUUUUUGUCCCAGGUUUUUUCGCCACGUAAGCUUAACUGUCUUUUAACUUCUAGAUUUUACCCAUCAUGGUCCUUCAAAGAAGGUCGAUGUCCGGGCAGUAACGCCUCCUCCUUUCCUAAUUCUACGUUUUUCGCCAGUACGUCUAUUAUUGAUCUCAAUGGACGAAGCUUUACAAUUUCAUGCUGGAUAAAGCUAACGAAGAGGAAUGAAGGUUCGGAACCAAUCUACGGUGAUUGGAUCAAGCCAUGGCAGUUUCUGCUCGGCACAAAAAAUCAAAGUAUAAUAUUUAGUCGCCACAAACUAAAUGACGCAAAUGAAGAAUGGUGGUCCUUAGAAAGUUCUGAAAUUCCCUUGCACUCUUGGACACACGUGGUAGUCACGUGGCAGCACCUUGCAGGCCAAGUCACUAUAUAUGCCGAUGGGAAUAAAAUAGCAUACAGAACAUAUUCUCCGGAUGGAACAUUUUUUCCGCCAUCUGGGUUUCCGUACAGAAUUGGUAUAGACUGGAAAGGUCACCAGUUCCAAGGAUCAGUUAUGGAUCUGUACGUCUUUGGCACUUCACUUUCUCUGGACGAAAUAAAUAGAUUAAGAGGUGAGAGAUUUGAAAUCUCCUAUGCUUUCGCUUGCUGAAAUUUUAUGAUCACUGGUAAGUCAAUGGGCCCAAGCUACAAGACCGGAUUAAGCAGGAGGCAAGUUGAGAGUCAAGAUUAUAACCCAAAGUCAUUAGUAAAACCGAUUACGUUUAGAGGGCGAAAUAAACAACCAGUUAAGCGGGAGUUAUUUUUAAGAAAAAUGAAGUUGUGAGAAACAUAUUGUAACUAGUAUUUUAGAGCUUCUAGAUUUCAAACUUUUCCUAGGGGAAUGCACAACUCUGGCGGCUCUCGCUUUCGCCGAUCGCUUAUCCUGCCUCGUCUAUGCCAAAAAUCUGACUAAUCAGGGAUACUUUUGCGCUGAAGUUGCAAAAACAUUCUGUUCACUGGACCGUGCAAGAAAGGUCUUCAUACACAAGCAGGUUUUGGGGACCUUAACAAUCAAAUCCUACUCGCUACAAGAAUGUACAUUCGAUUCGACGAAAUCUAGAAUAAGCGAUUCGCAUGCACCACCAUAGGCGGUACUAUCAGUACAGCAAUGUGUACAGUGGCUCUAACCUUCAUGAACUCUUGCCUAUAUUGUAUUGGUGCCUUAAAUGUUUAAAAUUGUUUUUUCCAACCCUCAAUUACUGCAUUAGAACUAACUGAUACAUUUUGACCGAAACGUCCAAGGUUUCCCUACCAUAGUAAACAGAAAAGUCACAGGAGGAACAGUUGCAAUGCAGUGGGAGCCACCCUUGGAAGGAGCAUGCCCCGUAUUGGCUUAUAAUAUUUACUACAGAAAACUGAAUUCACCACGAUCUGUAGAAGGCAAAAGGGACUUAAUCAGGGUCGAUGGCAGUAUAAAUCACUAUACCUUGCAGCUACAUUGCAGUGGCGAGUAUGAAAUAAAUGUUACCUCACUGAAUGGCCAUAUGGAAAGUGACAGCAGGCAAACUUGGAGGUUUAAGACCGAUGGAGGCAAGUUGAAGACUAUCCCUAAGUAUGACAAUAGGAUCUUUAGCAACGACGACGGCGACGGCAACCAGGACGUCAAAAAAGCAAUAGGUUUAUUACGCAAAACAACAACUUUGCACGUGCAUCACGCUUUUGUGUACAUUUCUUUACCGUCCUUGCACGACUACGACGUGAAAAUGCCUAAUUGCAAUUUUUAUGGAGGACGUAAACAAGCGACGACGAAUCUCUUUUUCUCUCUCUUAACUUGAGUGCAGUCCUCAAGAAAUCAACUCUAGGGAAAUUUGCCUACACUUGCCAUUUUCAGCAAAUUGGAAUAAACGCGACAAAGAUUGAAAAAACGGGAAUUCAUUUUAAAACUGACGUUUUCGCUGCCGUUGCCGUCGUCGAUGCUAAAGCUCCCUAUUAAACGUUUGAGUGGUAGAUGGGUCUCCAGAAACUGAAUUCAAAUUUGUAUGGAUUAUUGCUAACCCAAAGUUACUGCGAAAAAGGAACGUUAAUAGGUUCAACUUUUAAGAUUUUUCUGUGGUUUAUCACGGUCUAUGAUAAUCUCUAAUGCAAAAUAAGUGACCACAACUCAUUUACUACCAAAUGAAGAUAUUUGCACGCUUUCAAACUACAUGAAAAUACUGGAAAAUAACGGAAGUGGUUUAGGUUUGGCAGCAACCAUAAUACCGCCCUAAAGGUCUUUUGCCAGACCCCUUCCCUUUUUAAUUUCUGGUAUGCAUUGGGCCAAUUUUCAAUUAAACGUGCUAAGUUGAUGAACGUAAACUGAAAUUCACCAACAUCAGUAUGAUCUAGUGUUUCCAUGCAACCAUUAUGGCAACCUAAGGAAGAAUUGAGAGACUAGUUUAUCCCUACAUUGUGGAGAUCUCUUCUCACACAUAGCCCACCUAUGUCAGAGUCUGAUUAGUUAAAAUUACAAUGAGAUGGCAUUGAGUCCUAUCGUCUCGAAUAAGGUAUAACCAUUUGAAGAUGUGAAACAAAAGCUGCACCAUCAUCUCAGUUAUUUUAAGACCCAUUUAAAUGGUCCGGCCGGAAACAAACAAGAGUAAAAGAGCUUACAAGUAGGUCUAGGGGAGGGGAGGAAGGGGGGAGGGGGAUUCCCUAUGAAAAUAGCAGGGGUGCCCAUCCAAUAUUUUUACCAAAUCCAAUAUUUUUACCCAUGGAGGUAUCGCUAAAGGUGGUGUGUAAAGAAAAAAAAUACGAAUAGAGAUAACAAACACCGUUAUACUGUGUUUGAGUAUGGUUCCUUUAGAGGACAGAUAAAACCUGAACCACGCCCAGAUUGGUCUCCUUUUGAAUUUGGAUAAAAUUUUCCAACGAACACACCCGUCAUUAUCAUGCGAUAGUCUUCCCUGGGCCAGUCGGCUGGUUUAACUACCUUAGUAGCCAAAAUGUAAGCUGUUCAGAUUGUAUCAAUACCCCCUUCUGAGUUAAAAAUAGAAACAAUAUCAUAGCUUUGGACCGUUUUUUUUUUUUUUUAACAACAGCGAUAAAUCAUAAACCGCAGCUGUAGUAAUAGUAAAAUAGUGAAAACUAAUUAAGUUAAAUUGUAUAUUCAAUGAUUUGAUGACUUCCCAAUGAUUUUGUUAAAUACCAACGUAGUUUUCAAACGUUCAUUUCAGAUGUGCCGUCGUCCCCAGUUUUAAGCAGUUUGGAAAAAGAAGCAUUCAGCUGCAAAGUCAGCCUGGUCUGGGAAACUCCUUCAGAUCAUGGAUGUCCGCUAAUUAUGUAUACGGUCUACUACAGGCAGCUUGAACUACAACAAUCAGGGGCACCCUGGCACGGAAUAAAUAUCACUAACGUCGUUACACAUCAAUACUUUUUGGCGUUAACAUGUGACACGCUGUAUGAAAUCGAAAUGACGGCCUGGAAUGAAGUAGGGCAGAGCGAUAGGUCAGAAUCGGGGAUGAUAAAAACAAGUUCAGGUAGGCUUUGUAAUACGGUAACAGUUAGAUACUGAAAUAGCUGAUCACAUACAAAGGCAUUAUUAAAAGAUUUCAGGGAAUUUGACUUAAUGUUCUUUCAAAAUUUUUCCUAACCUACGGCUACCAUGCCACUCAAACAAAAAAAUCAAUCGAACAACAAAUGGAACACAACAUACCAAGAUUCACCUCGCAUGGACUUCUUUUUUUCUAGUUUACCAUUUAAAAGACCUAUAGUAAAUUAGUUGAAAGCAAAUGGGAUACUUUUUUAAGCAUGAAAUUUUGUAUCAGUAUCAUUAUUCUCUUUGUUACCUUUCUACCUUUUAUUAGGAACGCUUAAAGACGAGUUCUCUGGUUUAGAACCAUCAUCAAUUGCCGGUAUAACAGCAGGAGUUGCUGCUGUUCUUGUUAUAGCCAUUUUGGCAAUAUUCGUAUUCCGAAGAAAGUUAACCAAAAGAAAGAAACGGGAUCAUUACGCCACACCCCGAAGGUAAAAUUUACAUUCUACUGUACGUGUUAUUCGUCGCAACAUAGGAAUUUUGCUGUGUAUUAGGUAAUCACAGCUACACGUCCUAUCAACAGAAUCCCCGUUCGAUGUGACUUGUUAUUACAUCACUACAGAGCCUAUUUCCCUUCCUUAGCUAGCUUAAGCACUCUCUAUUAGAAAUGCCCCUAUAUAUGUACACUUUUUUGCUUUUGUUUUGAUUCUUUUCUUUGGUUUUUGUUUUAUUUUUGUUUUUCUGUUUUCAAUUUUUUGUUUUGUUUUGUUUUUUUAUUUUCUUUAUUUAGGUCGAAGUCCACUAUAAUCCCCCUAAUGCAAUGGGAGGUUCUACCAGAACAAGUUAUCUUCGAGGAAGAGAUCGGUCGUGGUGCAUUUGGUAAAGUGUUAAAAGGCAUAUUUAGGGAAUCCCCUGGAAUCGAAUUGUUUUACGAGCCCAGAAAUCAGAUCGUCGACUUUAAAGAGGGCAGAACAGUGGCCGUUAAAGUUGUAGGAGGUUAGUAACAGAGCCAAAGUAGUUAUGUUCUUCAGGAUUAUCUCUGCUGUAUGUGGAGUUCUUUUAGCAAAUUCUUUAAACAGUAUCCAAGGCCUAUUCUGACUACAGCUUAUCGUGUUUUAAGGACACCCCAUAUUAAGACAAGACCCUUUGAAGGUCUCGCACUUGUUUCUAUCUUUAAAGGACGCCAGAAGUUUUUCCUCGUAUCCGUUUAAUUUCAUUUUAAAUAUCAGUCAUCAUCAUUGCAGUCAGUCGAUUCGACUAAGACUGUUCUAGGGUUCAGCACAGUUUGACAAGUCUCCUCCAUGUAGGUCUGUCGUUGGCAAUUUUCUGCAAACGGUUCAGAUCGGCCUUUGACAUAGUUCGACUAUGGCGGGAAAUUUAAGAGCUCCCGCUAUAUUUUUUUUGUUUUUUCUCUGUAUGCCUACUUCCUGACGUUCCCAGAUGGCAAAUUACCAGUACAAAAUGUUUUUCCACUUCAUGAAUACAUAAUUUCUGCCUCUCUGAUUCAAAUCAGCUUUAGUCAUGCGAGUUAACGUCAUGGAACGAAUACUGGUCGUUCCGCCAUAUGGAAAAAAAUCCACAUUCAAACUCGACUCCGAUCUUUUUGGAUUACUCAUUCUCUGUGGAGACAUCUCCCCGACUCCAGGACGAAAAUGUCAGCAUCCGUGUGAAAUUUGCUCAAAAACAAUUAGAUCUAAUCAACGAGCGGUUCAAUACGAUUCUCGCGAUGUUUGGUAUCACGUUAAGUGCAAGCAGAUGAGCACCCAUAUUUAUGAAGCACUAGCCAAUUCGUCUUACAUAUGGGAAUGUGUUGUUUGCGGGUUUCCAAACGUCUCUAGCUCCUUAUUUGAUUCAAGCACGAUCCGUGCUACAAACUAUUUCUGGUCUAGACUUGGAUUUACCAGAUAAAAGACACAGUGAAUCAAUCUUUACAAAUCAGCCUCAGUAUUCAUUAACACCAUCUCGAGAAAACAUUCGAACAUCAAACCGUCCACACAAUGCCAAGAAGGGCGUUACGCAUACCGCACAGAAGUCAAUUAAAAGGAAACUAUGCCUACUCAAAAUAAAUUGUCAAUCUAUAGUAAAUAUAAAGGACCAACCCCGUGUUAUGCUAGAUAAUAUAAAGCCAGACAUAGUUGGUGGAACCGAAUCCUGAUUACGACCGGACAUUAAAGAUAAUGAAAUCGUUCCAAGCGAUUAUACUGUUUACCGCUGUGAUAGGAAGACAUCUAAGGGAGGUGGGGUAUUCAUAGCAACCUCUGAGUGUUUCUUGUCAGAGAGCAAAAUUGUUCUGGAAACUGAUUGUGAAAUGGUAUGAGUUAAACUAUGCGUGACUGGUUGCAAAGACCUCUAUAUUUAUUCAUAUUACCGUCCUAAUGUCAGUGAGGAAGUUAUCUCAGAGCUUCUAAAUGAAUCCCUAAACUGGAUAAGUCAUAACAAUUGCCACCUCUGGCUAGCUGGUGACUAAAAUCUACCUGGUCAUGACUGGUCAGCUGGCACAAAUUGUAAUUCUAUAACAUUGCUUGAAUACUUCCUGAUGGACGACAACAGCCUCACAAAACGUGUUACACAACCAACGCGGCAAAAUACCACCUUGGACUUGUUCCUUUGCAAUGACCCAUCCCUGAUUGAGAAUGAUAAAGUUAUACCUGGUUUAGCAGAUCACGAUGCUGUUCUUGUGGAAGGCAAUAUUUCCCCAAUCGUCAACAAACAGACACCAAGAAGGAUCUACCCUUUUUAAAGAGCUGACUGGGACGGCCUUAGAGCUCAUUUGGAGGGCUCCAAUAGUGUUCAUGCUGAACAAGAGACAAUGGACUGUGAAGCUAGUGUGGACGUUGAUUCACUCUGGAAGUCAUUUAUCCAGUUAUUUAAUUCGGGCAUUGAAAAAUCCAUCCAAAAUUGCAAAGCACUGAAAGAAUCACUUACCAUGGGUUAAGUCUACGCUAAAGAAACUAAUAAGAAAACGAGAUAAAUACUUCAGAAUCAAAAACAAAAUUCACAAAUCUAGAGAUAUUCAACAUCACAAGUCCCUCAGGCGUGAAGUUCGAAGAAGGAUUCGCCAGUCUUACUGGACUUAUGUUAUCAGUAUCUUCAGUUAUGGAGAUAGAGAGGAACAACCCGUACUUGGUAAACGCUUCUGGUCUUUCAUUAAGAAUUCCCGUACUGACAAGAUGGGAAUGCUAACACUCAAAUGCGGAAACAAUGUCCUACCCGACGCUUCAUUACCUUGCGCUUAAAAGCGCCAUUUCAGACACAUUUGUUUUCCUUUUUAGAGUGUUCUAAAAUGCUCAGUAUCGAGCGACAGUCCUUGUUGGUAAAUAAAUAAAUAGAUCGAUUCCUCUCCAUUUCAUAUUUCUCUCAGCAACAUCUUUGAACCUUAAUCUAGGCCUCCCUUGGUUACACUUUCCCAAACAAAGCUAAUAGUAUAACGGUUGCUGUGGUAGUCUGUUAUUAUCCAUCCUAUUGAACGUGACCCAGCCAUCUGAGAUUCUUCUCGAUGACAAUAUUAGCCAUAGAUCGUGGUCCUUCAUGGCAGUGAAUUCCUCAGUUGGGCGAUCUUGUCUUUCCAGGAUACGUUUAUUAUGACUUGUAAAUGCCUCAUCAUAUGAGCAUGGAGCUUCCUCAAUCUCUUUGGUCUGUUAUAUAGUCCAUGUUUCAGCACCAUAUAGCUAGGAUGGAAGAAAGGAGAACAGCUCGAUGGACCUUGCACUGGACUUUAAUAGACACUGCCGGUUUUUUCAUAACCUGUCCUGUAUUUUUCCAGAAACAGCACUUCCAUUUCUAUCUAGGCUAGUAUUGCUGGAAUGCCUCUUAGGUAUUUUAAGUUAGUAUUUGUAUUUAGGUUUUGCAUUGGUUGGUAUAAGCAUUCAGUUUUCUCGAGCUGGAUCUUGAGGCUAAAUUGGGAGGCAGCCCUGGCGAAACUUGUCCACUAGACUCUGACAGUCACCAGCGCUGAAGACAAGGUUAAGGUAAUUUAAUUGAUUUCUCUUGUUUUAAAUAUUUCAUUUUGUAAUUUCGAUCUAAUUUUAGAACGCGCAGACCAAGAAGCCAAAAAACAGUUCAUGGAAGAAAUUGAGCUCAUGAAAACAAUCGGUUCCCACAAGAAUAUUUUGAGCAUGCUGGGUUGCUGUGUUUCAUCAGACCCCAUUUUUCUGGUACUAGAAUAUGCUCCUUAUGGAGAUCUACAACUUUGGCUCAGAAAUAAGAGAUUGCAGGUAUGAUAGCUAUGAUAGCGGUGAGUUCGACUUACUUAAAAAGUUCUAGAUUGUUGACGUGACCCUUCAUUAUUAUUCCAUUAACAUAAGGUUUACGUAAUUUAGUUUCUACGUCAGUCACAUUGUUUCCCAAUUUCCUAUAAAAGUUCCGUAACGCGACAAAUUUCUACCAAUCAUUAAAUAAGGCUGACAAGAAUAUGGAGAAUUCAGUGUCGAUCGAGGAAAAAGGUAUCCACAGACACCGAAACCUAAGGUAUGAAUAACAGCCUCAAAGAUCAGCAUAAUUCUUCACAUCGUACAGAAGCCGAAUUUAAUAAUUGUUUUAUUAUUCAUUCAAAAUAUUUCUCAGUGCAUGUUCUGUAUUUCUAGCUGUAGGUAAGGCGUAUUUAUUAUAUGGCUACAAAAAUAGGAGCGCUCUAAUUCGCUGCUAGCCAAGACUUUCUUGUAAUGACCGGUGAUUACUAGCUGGGUGCCCAAGGCAUAUACAAUCUGUGUUUUUAAACACAAAACUUGAUAGUGGACAUCCAUAUUAUGGUUAAUUGACAGCUGUCAAAAACGUGAUCCGCUGACCUGUGUCACAUAACUGUAUCGCGGGCUCAAGAGUACUACACAUUAGGUUGUCCUGUUUCUUAUUAAAGUUAUUCGCUGACCAGUUAUUGGUUUUUAAUUGAUCGUUGGUUCAGGUCCAAAAUACCUCACUGUCAAAGAAACUGUGGCUUGUGGUUUCGAUCGCAUCGCCAGGUUUUUAUGUGAGUCUAUAAGGUGUAUAGAAGGCGUAUAUAACGCGUAUGUAAGACGCAUUUAAGGAAGAUAUAACACUUAUGUAAGAUGUUUACAAAGUGUAUAUAAGGGGUAUAGAAGGUAUAUACAGCGUUUAUAGAAGACGGAUAUAAGGUGGAUAUAAGGCGUAGAACAUUAAAUGUAUACAAAGUGUUUAUAAGACGUAUAAAAGCUGUAUAUUAGGUGUAUAUAAGGCGUAUAUUCCGUGUAAAUAAGCCGCAUAUAAGGUAAGAUAUGACGUACGUAAAGUGUAUAUAACUGGUGUACAAAGGGUAUAGACGGUAUAUAAAGUAUGCAUCAGGGGGUAUACAGGGUGUAUAUAAGGCGUAUAUAAAGUGUAUAUAAAACGCGUGUAAGGUAAAUAUUUAACAACUAUUGAAUUCGGCUUUCGUAUCAUCUGAAGAAUUAUGGAGCUCUCCGAGGGUUUUAUCCUCCGAAGCCGUACGUAGCCCGAGGCGGAUAACACCUUCCGAGAUUUCCAUAAUUCUUCAGAUGAUAAGAAAGCCGAAUUCAGUAAUUGUUUUAUCAUUCAUUCAAAACAACUCCUAGUUUAAAAGCAAGCUAAAACAUGCUUACAAAAAUCGAUUGAAUGGUUCUGGCGUUACUAAACUUCCCUAUAUUUGAAUCUUGGGCGUGGAACUUGAUAGCAUGUUAAACUUUAUAGAGCAUAUUUGUAGUCAGCUAAAAAAGGCCUAUACGAAAACCAGCGCACUUAGGAGAAUUAGGUGUUUUGUACCUUUGGACGUUAUGCUGGCAUUAUACAAGUCUUUCAUUUUAUCACAUCUAGAAUACUGUAGUCCCCUUCUGUUAGGGGUGGGGAAAGUCCAAGUCAAUAAAAUUGAAGACACUGACAGGGCACGGGAAAUCAUUGUCUUACCAAGAACUCUUAAAUAUAUGUAAGUUGGACACUUUAGAGUGUAGUAAAAAGCAGCAGUAUCCGAUCCUAUUAUUUAAAUGCAUUAGGAAGACAAGGUCGAAAUACAUUAGAGACUUUUUUAGCAGAAGAGAAACGUCUUACAAUUUAAGAGGAAAUGGUGCUAAUCUUUGCGUUCCCAAAUUUAAUCUUAAUUUUAUGAGGAACUGUUUUACUUACAAGUGCGCUCAACUAUGGAACAAACUUCCAGAAGAUGUCAAGCUGGCCGAUAAUUUUAAUAUUGUUAAGUCUAAGCUAUGAUCAAUUCAGCUGUAAUUUUUAUAUUUUUAAUUUUUUUUUGUGAUUUUUAUAAUUUUUGAUAUUCAUGUGUAAAUAGAUUAUAGAUUAUACAUUUAAUAUUUUUAUAUACUAGAUUUUAUUAUUAUAAUUGUAGAUUUAAUGCACGUUCGUAUUUUGAACGAGCACUUGUGCUCUUAGACGAUAACGUGGUUAAAUAAAAUUAUGGUUAUGGUUAUGGUUAUCGAUGUUAAGUUCAUCUUCGAAAGUGCACGUUAAUCCGCAAGUUUAGGAGACAAAGGGUUGUUCAGCUCCGCAACUAUUUUCCAAAUAGCAGAUGUCGUCCUUCGAGUUGUUUUCUUGCUGUUCUUGCUAUGUUUUAAGCCAAUAGUACACCUUCUUCUUCCUGGUGAAAUGAGUAAAACGUUCCGGCAUUUUUGUUAUCACUACCAAAACAACUCAACCUUGUCCCCAGGUCUUCUCGGUUAACGGUUCAAUAAUCUGCAACUUUGCUGCACUUUUGGAGUCAUAGGUUCAAUAUCACAAAAUUCUUCCAAAUUUGGUCGACAAUAGCUGUUUAUGAUGAAUAAUGCGUGUGAUUUUAGCCAAUCAGUAACGGAGAAAUAUUUUGAAUGAAUAAUAGCGGAGCUCUCGCGCGCGAACCGCGCGCAGCGGAGCACCAUGGGUAAAAAAAUGUGGUAAACUACCCAUCCGAGAAAAUUUGGUAAUCACGUGACCGUACACCGACCGACCGCCCGACCGUUCGUCCGCACCACAGGCAUACCAAAGUAAAAUAACUCAAUCAACAGGUAUGGCAACCCAAAUGCAACUCGAGAUUAUUUUGACGGAAAAUUGCACAGCCACCCGCGUCUUGUAAAGCAGAGACAACUAAAGAGUCAAUAGAGACGAAAACGGAAAGCGGAAAUUGUCUCUGUAUCCGUGUUUUCUAGAGUAUUAAGCUGAGAUUAAUUGUCCAUGUCCACAAAUUUGGAAUAUAGAGCAAGAGAAACACAGAGGAAAAGAGAAAGUAAGCGGCAGGCCAGCGAAGCUCAACGAGAAAAAGGGCGACAGAGAUCUAGAACGAGAGAUUAAAAACAAAGGAGACAUUUUUUUGUUGGAAGAAUAACAUGAAAAUUUUGUAACGGCGGUGACAAAAUGAGAAAUGCUAGCGGCCAAGAAUGCAAGAUGAAAAUGAGUGGCAGUGAAAAAAAAAGUGAACGAGAAAACGUACGACAUUUCCUCCAUAAAACGUUUAACUAAGAAGUUUCUCGAAGUUUCACGUUGUAGUGGUACAAAACAACGGCAAAGAAAUGUACAAAAAAAGUGUGCUGCACGAGCAAAGUUGCUUUUUUGUUAAUUAGACCUAUCGUUGUUUUUCACCGUUGUCCGGCGUUUCCUGCGCCGGUUGGCAUUACAUGAUUUUAUAUUUUGUUGAACAAACUAUAAAUAUUAUCGAGAGCUUCGCUUUUAGCCCUGGCUAAAUCUAUAUAUUAAAAGACGUAUAUAAGAUGUAUAUAAGGCGUAUAUGACGUGUAUAUAAGACCCAUAAAAGGUAGAUAUAAGACGUAUGUAAGGUGUAUACAAGAUGUAUAUAAGGGGUGUUGAAGGUGUAUAUAAGUUGUCUAUUAGGUGUAUACAGAGUGUAAAUAAGUUUUACAUAAGGCUUAUAUAGUGCAUAUAUAAGAUGCAUAUAAGGUGAUUGUAAGACAUAUGCAAGGUGUAAACAAGGUGCAUAGAAGUUGCAUAAAAGGGGAAAUUGGAAAUACACAUGUCGUGUAUAAGAUGCAUAAAAGGCGUAUCAAACUAUUCAUUUACUGCUGAGUUUUCGGCCUCAAAAUUAACGCAAAGGGAAAAUUUUGGCUCUGACAAGGCUCAAGCAGCACUUGAAAUAAACUAGAAAUGCCGCCGCUGACAAGAUUACAAAAAAUGGCGGUGUUUUUCCCGCCUUCUGUCACGCCAUUUUCCAACAUGCUUUUAUCACGUGCUGUAAUGUAGCCCGAGCGGGGUACAUUGCUUAACGUAUCACGAUCGGGAUACAUGUGAUUUUAGUCAAGGCCAUGUGACCAAGAAUCAGCCAAUGGCAGUCCCUGUUUAGUUGAGUGAAAGUAUAGGAAUAUAACAAAAGGUGUAUAUAAGGCGUAUAUAACGUGUACGUAAGACCCAUAUAAGGUAGACAUAAGACAUAUUUAAGGUGUAUACAAGGUAUAUAAAAGGUGUAUAUAUAACAAUUAUUCAGCGAAGUGGAGGUGGCUAGUCGUGCCUAUUUACCGAGCUGCGAAGCAGCCAGGUUAAAAUAUCCACCACUUGCCUCCGACACUGAGGUGAAUAAUUGUUUUAGUAUGUUCUAAAACAGUGAGAAUAUUGUUGCCAACGAUUACAAUUUUGGCGCGUAACGACCGAACGGUCGCGGCCGUCGCUUUGUCUUGCCGACAAAUAAAACUUUUGAAGGCAUUUGCUUAGCUCUUGCGGGGAAAUUUCUUUAAAAGGAGUUGUGAAUUCUUUUUGUAUUUAAUAACAUUCUGUAAAAAAAGAUUAUUAAAUUUAAGUUUAUUUAUGAACAAGUUAACUAAAUAAAGUAACUCAAGACUUAAGCUUAAUCUGCAUUUGUAAACAAAAAACUUUUUCACCGGUUUUAUCGAUAAAUUCGAGUUAAAAAGACAAAGCUUUACCUGUUAAAACUUCCAAACCGAACUUCGUCACCUUCUUCGUGUAUUUAGGGAACAGCUUGCUUAAUUAGUCCUUGUUUGUUACGGCAGCAAACCGGGAAGGCAUUUUGCUCGCAACUUACUCGAGUUUGGCGUCGCUCGCUCGGAGGAGCUGGAGGUGAAUCAAUGAAUAGUGCAGGAUAUUCACUGAUUGAGUAGCCAAUCACAGCGGGCGAAAAACACUAUCCACUGUUUUAGUACAUACUAAAAGAUUAUAUAGGCGUUUUAUUCUAUAACCCUUAUAUACAACUUGUAUACACCCUGGACCUCUAAUAUCUACCUUAUAUUCGUCUUAAAUAACCGCCAUUUACACCUUAUAUACACCCUGUAUACAACUUAUAUCUUCUUUAUAACUGUCUUAUAUAGGCGUUUUAUUCUAUGGCAGCUUAAAUACUUGUAUACACUUUACAUACGUCAUAUAUCUACCUUAUAUGCGUCUUAUAUAUAGUCAAAUCAGUCAAUCAAUCUAUUUUUUUGAACACGGUAAAUGGCUCAGCAAGCUGGUUUUCAGACAUGCCGUGUAACAAUCACAAGCUAUAAAUAUUACUAGUGAUCAACUAACAACAAUUUAGCACUAGGAUUUGCAAUUUUAUAUCUGUUCGUAUCUGCUCUUAUAAACGUAACUAUCUAGUUUUAUGUAAGUAAGAUUUAUUUAGAUACAACAUAAUAAGAAGAAUUAUAAGAUGUUAUGGUCUACAGUGUCAAAGGCUUUCUUUAAGUAAAUAAAUACACUACCACUGUCUGAAAUUGAUUUACAGCGAUAAAAUGAAAUUUUCGUCAUCUUUCACUACAAAAAUAUAGGAAAACGUUUCCAUUAGAACUGUUAAAGUGUAGAUUUUUAGUAAAAUGCUUUCUAUACGCUGCAGCUGAUCCGUCUGUCACGCCAAAGAGUUACGGAUACCUUGCCAAACGGGGGUAUUCGCCGUGGACAUUCAGUUUACCCAAAAGGAACUAAGUGAUUAUUUGAACGACGUGUUUUGGAUUGAGCUCUUAAAGGCAUUUAAUGCUGGUAGUACCUAUAUUUACUAUCUGAGAAGAUGUACUUGGAAGACACAAAAGGCAUUUCUUAGCCAAGCCAGAAUACGACCUUUUUUUAUACCCUACAAACUACACCUGUAACAUUCUGCAAGGCCCGGCCCAGAUAUACUUAGCGUGCGCCCUGUAGGUUCUGCGUCAACUUGUGAACGCGGAGACAUGAACAAAUUUCAGAAGAUUGUCUUACCCUUGGGCGAUCAAACAGCCAAAUUAAACGGUGAGCAUAAUUGCCUGUGACUUCUGCUUCCCUAACAUUAUUCUGUUGACUGCUCCCAACAUAUCUGCCCUGAUAUUGCCGGAAAUCACUAUGCGUGACCUAUUCUAUACUUUACGUUACUCCACAGUUCUCACAGUUCUCACCCUACAGUUCUCACCUGUAAAAAGUCUAUUUUCCUGCGUUUGAAACAGUGAUAAGCAAAUUAUGUGCUUUCACAUAUUGUAUCUCAUCUAGUCUGAGAGAAAAACGUGCUUGUACUGAAAAGUCUUAAGCAUAAUUCUCGGUUUUCACUGUCACGCAAUCAAAAAUAAAAUUGCAAACCAUUCGAUACAGAAAGUCCCGAAUCUUGGAAAUAAAAGAAGAUAAAUAAGCAAAAGACCUUGCCAAGAAUCAGGUCUGUGCGAUAUUUCAUAUGCGAGAUAUUAGGAAAAACGUUUUACCCAAAUUUAUAAAGCUUUGUAUGGAGGCGCCAUGUUUGUGUCCCUUUGAGGGGCACAAAUAUGGCCGCCGGAAACCAACAGAAACAUCUGUUUUUGAGUUUUCCUACUAAUGCGUUAAUUCAUCGCUUAAAAAACUCAUAAACUAUUAAAGUGAUAUUUAUUCUGACAGAAGGAAUGUUUAGAUAGCAAAAUCUCCCAAAACUGGUAAUGUUUUUAACCCACAGAAGAGCAGUCCCGGCCGCCAGCUAAAUGCCGCGUCACGCAAAAGCCUAGAAAUUCAAACGUCCUCUAUCGCAAAACGAAGAACCCUUUCGAACCAAACCUCUGUUUAAAUAAAGGUGUUUAGGUGCUGUAAUACCUCAUGAAACUCAGAAUCUCAGAAGAAUCGAUAGUUUCUUAGUUUGAAUUUUGAUGACGUCAUGUGAAAACCGAGAAUAGGCUACUUUUAACAGUUCUCGCCCCUAACUAAAUAAUAGACAAAAUUUCAAACAUUAUUUUUAUACUAUAACAGGGCGAGAACUGUCGUAAAUCACUCAACGCUUCCGUUUUAUGCAGGGAAAUAGCAAUAAUUCAUCGCAAACAAACAUUUUAUCACUGUUUCGAUACAGUUUGAUGAUAAAUCAGAUUUCCAAGGACAUAUAUAUUCACAUAAAUAGCCGAGAACUGAAUGCGAGACAUGUUAACAGGCGCUCAACUACUCAGUGUAACGCAACCUCGAGAUUACCGUUACACUGUCUUCUUUGGCAUCAACGUUCAAGAUACUAUAAAAUAUCUACCAUUUGGCAUGUCUGGAACUGUAGCCCAAAGUGUUACUGACGCUACAUUGCUUUUUACAAAGACAAGGAAGAAACUUUGCAAACAUAUAACAGAAAAGUGCUCUAUUAAUGAUGUUACGGCUAAUGUCGUGAUUAUUUCCAGCACUUGUAGAGCAAAAGAAUAGCUGUUCUGGUCUGAAAAAAUAUAUCAUACCGUCGUCAAAAGAUCAAUUCCAGCAUUAAGGUAUCCAUUGUGCAACAGCUCACAAAGCAACGUCUAGUUUUGUAAACAAAGUGGUUUUCAGACAAUGGAGGUCAAAAGAGUUGGGACCUUUCCAGUGAUAUUACUAAAACUAGCGACCCCUCCCCUCCCACCCCAAACAAAGUUGAAUUUGGAGCAAAAUGGGUGAGAAUGAGAGCUUUUUUGGCCACAACAUUGCUAGGGGGAGUGGGGGAACGACGGGAUGAACCCAAAGCCGAACAAAAAAAUUGUCCUUAGGAGCAGGGUUCUACGUAACAAUUGCUUGGAAGGGCUUUUUCACACAGUCCCAAGUUCUUUUGUCCUCCAUUGUAUGUUAGUAAGCCAAAGGUUUACUGCACUUAUCAAACGGCUGUAGAGGUUGAAUUAUUAGGUCUAAAGCCGGCUAUAUAGACCUUUUAAACAGCUUAAAUAAACCUCUAUACACAUUAAUAUACAACUUAUACACACCUAUAUCCCUUACAUACAUCAUGUGCACACCUUACUUGCGUCUUAUGUCAACCUUGCAUGUGUUUUAUAUACUCGUUAUAAACGCCUUAUAUACAUGUUGUAAACACCUUAUAGUCACCUAAUAUGCAACUCGUAUAAACGUUCUAUACGCCUUAUAAACACCUUGUUAUACACCUUAUAUACACCUUAUAUCCAUUGUCUUUUAUACAAGUUAUAUACACCUUAUAUAGAACCUGGUCUACACCUAGUAUACUCCUUAUUUAUUCCUAAAACAAAACUGAAUGCAGGGCUGGUACUACGACAAAGGGCUGAUUUAUUAGAGGCUAAUAUCAUAAUAUUUCGGCUAACAAAAUUAGCCUGCCUCAGGGCCAGAGCUAUACGCCUUAUAAACAACUUGUAUACACCUUAUAUACCGUCAUGUACGCCUUAUAUACGCCUUAUCUACACCUUGUAUACCGUAAUAUACACCUCAUAUACACCUUCUAUACGCCUUAUAAACACCCGGUAUUUACCUUAUAUACGCCUUGUAUCCACCUUAUAUUUGUCUUAUAUACACGUUAUAUUUGCCUUAUGUACAUCUGUUAUAUACAACAUGUAUACCCUUAAUAUACACCUUUAAUACACUUUCUAUACACCUUAUAUACAUCUUGUACACACCUUGCAUACGUCUUAUAUCUUCGUUAUAUGCGUCUUAUAUACUCGCUAUAUACGCCUUAUAUACACGUUAUAUACACCUAAUAUGUAAGGAUAUACAAUGUGAAUAUAAGGGGUAUAGAAGGUGUAUAAAAGAUGUAUAUUACCUGCAUGUAAGGUGUAUGUAACGUGCAUAUAACGUGUAUAUAAGGUGUAUACAAGGUUUUAUAAGGCGUUGAGAACGUGCAUAUAUUGUGGUUUAAUUUUAGUAAGAAGCGCGCCCGAGCGGAGCCCCAUGUGAGAAAAUCUGGUACUCACGUGACCGUACGCCCACCUGUCCGUCCACACCACAGGGAAAUCAAUGUUAAAUCUCACACUUUCUAGCUACAAUGUAGUUUGGGAGCCUGCAACCUGAUCUUGCACAUCCAUGUUCGCGGUCAAUUGACAGCUGUUAAAACGGAGUAUCCGCUGAUCAAAAUCACAUGACAGAACCGCGGGUUCAGUUGACGACUCAUCGAGUUUGCGUGUUUUUUGAAGUCACCCGCUGACAAGUUACCAGUUUUCAAAUGAUCGCAGGCUCAAGUUCAAUUUUUUUAAUGCACAGGAAAUAAGUUGUUUUCAUGAGCCGCACUAUUAAAAUUUUGAUUUCAAUCGGAAUUCGGACGCAAAAAUUCAACCAGUUUUUACAGGCAGGGAAGGCAAUUGCUUUUGGCUUUUCUCCCCAUGGUCACGCAUUGGUCACGCUCUGCGUCCGAUUUUUAUGCAGUGAUUGGUCAAAAUUUGACUUAAUAUAGAAAAUCAAUGCAGCAUCUGGAAACUUGUUUACUGAUAGCUGAAGCUAAUAGAGUUUUGUGCCCUCUUAUGAUGUUUUUUAACUACCUUUUUCCACUGGAUGUACAAAAUGAAAUACAGCUGCUAUCAAGAUUCUUCUUUUAUUCGUGGCUGGUUUGUUUAUUGGGUUUUUGGUUGAGAAAUGCGCCGCUUGUCAUUUAAUCGGAAAUCCGAUUUCGAAUGGCGUCGUUUUUAAAAACGAGGUUGUACUACACCUUCCUUGAUGCGUAAGAGGGUUGAAAAGACGACUGUCAAAUCGUGCGUCCUGCACUUGUUUCCGGUCCCCCAAACAGGAAGAAGCCAUAUAAUAAACAUCUUAUUAGCCUCGUUUUUUCGGUCCGUACUGUAAAUUACGGAUCCUCGUUUUUUUCCAUCGAUUUAUGGCCCAAGCGCGAAGCGUGCUGGCCAUAAAUCGAUGGAAAAAAAAACUCGGUCCGUAAUUUACAGAACGGACCGAAAACUCGGCUAAUAAGAGGUAUUUAUACUAAGUCAUUAACUCGCCGCGUAAACUACGCUUGACUUCAUGUAACCAGAAAAAAAAAAACGGAAAAAACACAAACAUCAAAUACAAUAAUUACUCAGGCUUACCAGUCGAGAUGCAGCUCCUGAAAGCCAUCAAGUAAACUCAGAAUUGUUUGAGUCAUUUGACAGGCGCACGAAAACAAUAGCACAUAACAAAGGCUUUCCGAGAAAGUAAAAACAAAUUCGCCAUGUUAAAAAAGUUUAUUCGGUCAAAACUAAGAGCACUGUAAGUUUUAGCUCUUUAAUGUAAUGCUGGAGUAUUUUGGAAACCGGACACUGUGUCUGUCUAGAAGUCGUUUCCAUCUUUCAUCCGUUUGUCCUUGUGACAAAACACUGCAAAAGGCAAAGAAGCUUUUCAAUGUAAGUUUGUUCUCAUUGUCGAAGGAUUCGCUCGUUAAUUGUUUUUGGGAAAACCUGUUUUUCUGCCAGUUCAUUCUCGUCUUCAAUUGUGAUCUGCGUUAAAAUUUUCAAACACUGACUAGAAUUAUCUUCCUCUGUAACGUUACGAUUCAGUUUCUACCACAGCUUCGUUCUUAUUGAAACAAAGCUAGGUUAAAAUUUGGAAAGGCAUAGUCAGCAUCCCAGUCCUCAGGGUUUACAUACAUAUUUCAAAGUUUAUUCGGUGGAAACUAAGAGCACUGUAAGUAUUCACUCGUUAAUGUGACGCUGGCGUCUCUUGAAAACUGGACAUUAUUGUGUCUGGCUCGAACUCGCUUCUAUCUUUCUUUCGUUGGUUUUUGAAAAAACACUGCAAAUGGCAAAGAAGCUUGUCAAGAUGAUCGGGUGCAGGUAUGUCUGUUAUCAUAUUUGUUGCAGGAAUUACUCAUUUUCUCUUAGGCAAAACGUCUCGAAUCUCUGCCCGUCGAUUUUCGUCUUCUUAACUGUGUACUACGAUAAAAUUUUCAACACUGACUAGAAUCCUCUUCGAUAAGAUUACGAGUUAGUUUCUUCAUCGCCUUCGUUCACAAAUAAACACAGUUUAAAAUGUUGAAGGCCAAAGUCAACAUCCAAGUACUCAAGGUUGACAGGUGUCUUAUAACUUUAUUUCAACAUUUUUCCGAGGUAAAGAGAUUUAGACCUCCGAAAUGAGCAUUUUCUUUAAAAAUUUUGGUCCGUAUAGCAAGUUACGGACCGCAAAUUGACCUAUCGCAUGGCGAAAACAGACUCAGCCAUAUAAUAAGGUUUGAUAUACAGAACUUUAAAAGCCUUUAGACAUUUUCUGACCGCAAAUACAAAGAAAACGUUCCGAAAAAUAUUGAGUUAUAAUUUUGGUUGUAAAAAGAAACCUUUGAGCUAUUUUCUUGCCUCGAUUUCAUCUUGAAAAAUAGCAAACACCGGGAAGCCGACUUAAAAAACUCUGCAAGGCUUUAUAGGUUUCUCAGGAUUUUCAGAGACACUUCAGUCUCAAUACUUUUCUUCGUGAAUGAAAAUUGUUGUCUCUGUACAUGUUUCACCCAAUUAGACAGCUCUAUUUCUUGUCUUGAUUGUUAGUAGUUUCUUUCGCAAUUUUAAUCGCUGUGCGAACAUCACAAGUAGGAGUAGUCAAAAUGCCGCAAGUAUCAAACGAUAAAAACAUAAAUAAAAAAUGAACAUAAGCUUAACAAAUUCUUUAUUAGGUUGAAGGUAACUCUAUUACUGUUCAUUCAAACACGCAACCGCUCGCACUGCAAAGUUGGGGCUUGUCAAAAGACGGAACCGGCUGGCCAUAACAGUGAUUUUGGAAAUUUUUAGAAAGUUUUCGCUAAAAGCCCAUUAUUACCCUGCACACUACGUACUUAGGAGCAGAUUUAUCUGACCGAACAGUCCCGUAAUGUCGAAUCAUCUUCAUGAAAACGUUUAAUUAUGUGAUCAAUUCUAUUGUUUGUUGUGCAAGAGAAGCGCGUACGUGCCUCGAUCGUCCUGAAUAUUGAAUGAGUGCUGUACAGUACCGCAAAUGAUCCCCAACCGCAAAUGAUCCCGAGACCGCAAAUGAUCCCCAAAAUGGACCGCAAAUGAUCCUCGACCGCAAGCGAUCCCCAAAGUCGACCGCAAAUGAUCCCGAAAGAAAAACAGGAAUGACUUGGACUCAAGUUAGCGGAUCAUCGUGUCGAUUUUAUUAUUAUUACAAUAAGUCAGGUUAAUAGCUAAAUUUUACUUCUCAAAUAAAUAUAUGAAUAAAAACUAAAUGAAAAAAAUCAUUCAAGAGUAAACACGACGUAGGUAGGCAACACACGACUUUUACCUCGUGCUAAAAUGCUGCUUGUUCCAAUGACUUUUUUCCGGCUCUGGCGGGUAGAUUAUACCUCUGAGGAAAACGUUUUGACUGAGCAAAUGUGAUUUUUGCUGCUUAUUUCAUAGUGACAGGUCAUGACACGCAUUUUCUGCGGUUAUUGUUGUUUCUGGUCGGCAUGAUUUGCCCUUUGAUGCAAGAGCAUUUCCUUUGACCUCUUUUGAAAUACAGUGCUCUUCAUUGCCGCUAAAUAAGGGUUUUAGGUUGUUUAAUUUUCUCCUAAGUGCCUCCUGGAUCCGAAUAAUCAUAAGCGAUUUUCUUUUAGUCCGUGAAUGUGACGGUUUCUUAAGAUGUUUUGUCACGCGAUAACUACCGCUUAUCUGGCUUUGCGUUUCUCAUUACCAGGUUUAGAUUUCUGGUAACUGUCUUCAGCAAAGCACAAGAAAUGAAUAUACAUAAAAACGCUAAUAUAACUAUUCACAACACGUUCAUGAGAUGUAAGAACGUUGCUAUUUCGAAAUGAACCGAAACCUGUGGACAUUGAUAAGUUCGGGGGCAUUUUGACUUGUGUUUAUGUUAAAUCAUGUCUUGUUUCGUAAUGGGCACCUAAGUUACGAACAAACGUCUUGCUGUUUAUCACAUAAAAUUAACACUUCAGAGAAAAAUCAAAAUGAAAUAUUCUGGCUGAUUAAUUUCACGCUUUCAAAAAGAUCAGUAAAGUCAAUAAAACCCUUGUUAGGUAGAGGGUGCCCGGCUUUGUAUUCCUCAAUAGAAAGGUUGAGCUUCUAGGCGUUAAAAUAAUUUUUCUGCGUAACGUCCUGCCUGUCUUAAAUUUUUCAAAAGACGAAACAUUCUUGAAAGAAAAUUUAAGCAAUCGACAAAGGAAGAAGUAUACGGUUAAUACCAUACCUUUUCAGAUUUAUUCCAUUUUUUUUUUUCGCCUUGUAUAAAUUGACCUGAGAUGUAGCGUCCUCCUUUCCUUUUUCUUUAAAAGGCGAGAGAAAAAGGUUUCUUUUUUAUAAUCAGUCCCUUUUUGUAAUCAGUCCCAUAAUAUCCAUUCCAUUCCUCAAGUUUUCACGGGAUCAUUUGCGGUCGACUUUAGGGAUCACUUGCGGUCGAGGAUCAUUUGCGGUCCAUUUUGGGGAUCAUUUGCGGUCUCGGGAUCAUUUGCGGUUGGGGAUCAUUUGCGGUACUGUACAGUGCAAUUAAUUUUGUCUUGAAAAACUGUGAAAAACCGAACAAUUAUAGGUUUUAAAAAGGGUAAAAAAUGACAAAUUCUGUCCAAGGGCUGUACGAUAUAAAAAACAGCGUCUGAUAGUACUGUUUACCUCAAGUGUCUCAGGUGUGAUGUAUAAAAAGUAUAAAAGGGUGGUUUACACGCCACCAGAUUUGUCGCAAAAAAAAUCACAAAAAGUCCGGCCUGAUUUGUUAUUUUGGCUUCCCUUUUAUUAGACAGAGGAAUGCAACCGAUAACUUAUAAACGUGUAAAUUGGCUGUCGCAGAGGACUAUCGUGUCUUAUAACCGGCCUUUAUAUAUUUCGGUGCUGUCCAAUUAACCUUAUAAAAUAGAGGUGGUGUAGGUGGACGACUGGGUUAUUGUGUUUGGGGAGAAUUUGUUUUUCAAGCGGUAGCCUAAUCUACCGUGAUCAAAGGUGGUGGAUAAUUGUUUUAUUAUUAUUUUUUUAUUUCAUUUUAUUUUCAUUUUUUAUUUUUUAUUAUUUUUUUUUAAUGCAAAAAAAACAUACUUUAUUGAACUCUUCUCAAAUUGAAAAUUAAAUACAAAUUUAGUGUAACAAUAGUUAAAACAAGACUUCUUGGUGGUCUGGUGGUUUUCAACAGAGCAAAUGUAAACAACUGUCUAUAAACUAAAAAAUGAAAAUUUCUAUGUACAUCUCAAUAAUAAAGUAUCUAUAGCUGUCGAGUCUAGGGAAGUCAAUACAAUACAAUAAAAUAGUUUAUUGACACUCCCCUGGUGGGGCUUUUCAGUGACAAUGCGACUAAAACAAAAACAAAAAAAAAACUAAUUAAGAUAAGAGAAGUAGUUAACAAUUCGAUUAAAAAGAAAGAAUGCGGUGAACAAAGCAAUAUAAACAUACCUAUUUAAGAAUUAAUCGUAUAAUAAAUAUUCUCACUACGUACUAUACAAUAUGCAUACUAUCAUAACGUGCUUUUUAAAAAAUCAGUAAUCAACUUAUUUUUCAGACAAAAUUUAAAAGUAGAAAUCGAUUUUGCAGUUUUAAGAGUACUGUCUAGAUUGUUCCAAAUGUGCACCAUGCGGUAGUGGAAUGUUCUCUGUCCGGUACUCGACUUAUACAAGGGGAUGUUUAAUAAUUGGCAACUUCGAGUCACACGCCCGGUGACCGCAAUUCUUGUUGUAAAUUGAUCGCUGAGGUAAUGUGGAGCUUGACCAGUCAUGCAUUUAAAUGCCAUGAGAGCGUCGCGGAAGAACAGCUUUUGUUUAAUUGGAAACCAACGUAGAUCUCUUAGUGCGGGGGUUAUAUGAUCAAAUUUCCUGGUACCUGUAAUAAUGCGCGCGGCAAAGUUCUGCACUGACUGUAGUCUACAGAUAUUUUUGUUCGAGGUGUUCGACCACACUGUGGUACAGUAGAGUAAUUUGCUAAAGACUAGUGCAUUUAUUACUGUCACCAGUUGGUUACGGUCAAGAACAUGUUUAACCCGACUGAUUUGUGCAAGGCUUGACAUACAAGAUGACGUAGGUUUUAGAACAUGGUCAUCAAACGUUAGUUGCGGAUCUAAAACAACCCCAAGAUCUUUGGCCGAAGAUGUAAGAGCGAGAUCUUUUCCUAGAAGAGAUAUUUUGAAGUCGGGGAGUUUGGCAAGUAGCUGUCGGCUUCCAAAGACUACGAGUUUUGUUUUGUCAGGAUUUAAAAGUAGAAAAUUGUUAAAACACCAAUUACGUAUUAAAAGAAGGUUGCUAUUUAGAUCGUUCAUAGCAGUCGGACAAUCACGCAUCUUAAAAGAAAUCUGAAGUUUAGUGUCAUCUACGUAACAUUGCGUUAAACAGUUUCUAGGAACAGAAGGUAAGUCGUUAAUGUAAAUACUAAAAAGAAGCGGCCCAAGAAUGCUUCCUUGAGGGACACCACUAUUUAAACGCAACGAAUUCGAGAGGGUCGAGUUAAUACGCACGACUUGGUGUCUGUAGGUCAAGUAGCUAGUAAACCACGCGAGAGCGUAUUUAGAAAGUCCUGCUUGACCCUUCUCUAUUUCUAGAUCCCU